AUGGCCGACGCAGACGCGAUCCGAUCUGGAGGAGCCACGACACCGCCUGGCGAGAAAGGGGUCCGACGUCCGAAGUGCGCCCGUUGCAGAAACCACGGAGUCAUAUCUUGGCUCAAGGGACAUUCGCGGCAUUGUCAAUUCAGGGACUGCGCUUGUGCGAAGUGCAAUCUCAUAGCGGAGCGCCAGAGGAUCAUGGCUGCGCAAGUUGCUCUGAAAAGACAACAGGCCGCGGAAGACGCCAUAGCUUUGGGUCUUCGUGCGGUCGCUACCGGCUCUAGCUUGGAAUAUCUCCCACCAGGACCCAUAUUCGGACUUCCGCUGGCGGCGAACGCAGUUUCUGCCAAGAAAGCUCAAAUGCAGCAACAGAGAAGGAAAACGUUGGAGGGUGAAGACGGAGCGACGACGACGGCGGAAUCUGUGAAGUCCGACACCGAAUCAGAGUGCACCGUAUCCGACACCGAAUCGAAGCGGGCGAGGCUGUCUGACACCCAGAGCCCACCGGUCGCCAGCUCGUCGUCGCCCCCACCUUCACUGCACGUAGAUUCGACAACACCUCAGAUCGGCGACCAACUAGCCAUUCUGCAACGGCUGAUCCCCCAUCAGAAACCCACCUCCCUGCAGCUGCUCCUGCAGAGUUUCAACAACGAUCUAGGGAAAGCACUGGAGUAUAUAUGGAAAUGUGAAAGUUCACUUCAAGUGCCACUGACUGAAGAAGUCCAGAACAGCACAUCUUCAUCACGGAGUGCUUUCCGGCCGCUGUGGAAUCCUCUCCUGCCUCGACUAGAGCUCCAAUCGUACCCAAUUUUCCCCUCCGGACUGACGUAUCUGAACUGUCCGCCCGGCUGUUCACAAUGCCCCCCGCCAUUUUUCCCCUUGCUAACACCCCCCGUUCCGAACAUGGACGUCGAUAAGUGGUCUUCGGCUGAGAACGCGGUCAAGAGAGACCCGUCGUCGGACUAA